GCUGUUGGCAAACGACAAUGAAAUCGUUCCCAACUUCAUGUUGUUUUUAUCCUAUGCUUUGUUCUUUGAGAUAUCACAAUGAGAUCGAGGCGCUUUAACUGAACCUGUACAGAGGCAACGCUGAACAGCCGUCAGGCAGCGUUUCAACUGUGUCUUGAAGACUCAAAUCUUUUGUACGCUGGAAAACAUUCACAGCUGCAAAAAUAUCAGAAUUCUGCUCCAUGGCCCACGCUCACGGACACUCUGGGAUACCGGCGAUGGACAUCGACGAUAAAACGAGAAGGUGGUCGUUUGGAUGUCUGUGUGGAGCUCUGCUCCUCGUCAAUGCAACUUUCACGCUCCUGUCUCCAAUUUUUCCUCAGGAAGCAGAAAGGCGGCAUGUGAGCCCAAGCAUGGUGGGCCUGGUGUUCAGCAUCUACUCCUUUGCCAGCGUGGCGGCUUCUCCCUUACUGGGGCGAUUGGUGCAGCUCGGCUACAUCAAGCGGCGUUCCCUGCUGCUUGUGGGACUCCUUGUGGUGUGCAUCAGCACAGCGCUCUUUGGCUUCGUGUCCGAGAUCGACCAUGAGCAGUUCUUCACUGCCGCAUGUCUCAUCCUGCGAGCUGUCAUGGGUCUGGGGUGUGCGGCAGUCGACACGGCUUCAAUGGCCCUGUCUGCAUCGCUGUACGGCGGGACACCCUUCCUGGGAACCGCAAUGGGCAUCCAGGAGUCGGUGCUAUCGAUAGGGUGGGUGGUCGGUCCGGUGGUGGGAGGUUACAGCGCUCAGCUGGCCGGCUUUGGAGCGCCAUUCUUCAUCACGGCAGCUCUUGCAUUUGCCUGCUACCCCGCCCUCUUCUUCCUCAUGCCCCGUGGCAAGGAGACGGACGUGGGCGACGAGCCGCAGGAGGACAUCGCCGUCGGGCGGCUGCUCAAGGCGCCAUCAUUCUCCCUCCUACUAAUCUCCGCCAUGCUGGGGGCUGCCAUAAUCACAUUGUUGGACCCCACGCUGGGCCCCCACCUGGAGGACAUCCUCGGCUACGGACCCGGCACCAUCGGCAUCGCAUUCGCCGUAAUCGCCGGGGUCUACGCCGCAUUCACCCCUUUUGCAGGGCUGCUGGGUGACUACAUUGGGCGGCUUCAGGUGAUGUCGAUUGGGCUGCUGAUCUCAGCUCUCUCCUACCUGCUCAUCGGCCCCAUUCCACUACUGCAGCCGCUGCUGGGCCCACAGAUGUACUGGCUGGUCUGGAUAGCGCUCGGCGGCGUCGGCAUUGGUGCAGGAAUGACUUUUGUGCCCUCGCUGCCAGCGCUGUUGCAUGCUUCGCACACCCUGGGUUUCGACCAGGAGGGGGUGGAUGAUCUGGUGUCGGGGAUCCUGAUGGGCUCCUACCACAGCGGUGGCGGCGGGGGGCCCUUGAUAGGGGGGGCAGCGAAACAUCUGCUCGGCUUCCCCUGGUCUGGAGCGGCUUUUGCAGUGAUUCUGGCCAUCCAGGGAGUUGUGAUUGCAGUUCUUGCCAGCCUCAUGCCGCCCGAGCCCAAAUAUGUGGAUGCACCCGACAAGCUACCUCCCAUCUCAGAGGAGGGAACUCCGCCCGCGGACAUGGAGGCCGCCAUGCCAGUGCCGCCGCCAGCCCCCGGCCUCGGCGGCAGCGGCGCACCGACGCUCGAUCGCAUUUCUUCAUCGGCAGCCGCCGCCGCGGCCGCCCCGGCCCGGCCGAUCGCUCUGCGGCGGAGUUCGUCCUUUGGGCUGCGGCCGGGCAGCGGCGCGGGCAGCUUUGGCGGGCGGAGUCUGGGCAGAACUGGGUCGAUGCUGGGGCUCAACAGCCGCAGCAGCUCCUACGCUGACCUGUCCAAUCGGGGCGUGCGCGAGCCGCUGCUCACCCGGAGUGAUGAGGAGUGA